AUGGCAGAUGACGUGGAUCAGCAACAAACUACCAACACCGUACAAGAGCCCCUGGAUCGCAUCAGGCUCAGCCUGGAGGAGCGAAUCGAUGCGAAAAUGAGAAAUGACAGAGAGGCUCAAGGCAGAUUACAUGCUUAUGAUCUGCACUUAAAUGUGAUAUUGGGAGAUGUGGAAGAAACUGCGGCAACUAUAGAAACUGAAGGAAAAACACGUGAAGAGAUAUCUAAAUCAACAAAACAGAAUAUUCCGAUGCUCUCUGUCUGGGGAGGUGGUGUUGUGCUGGUUGCCCCGCAUUGA